AUGAAACUCGCAAUCACCGUUUUAUCAUCAAUUCUGGCCAUCUGCUCAGUUACUGUCGCCAAACCAGUUAAUCCCAGCGCGACUACAAGUGUUGAAUCUAGCACUUCAACAGCUGUUCCCAGUGCACAAACUACAGGCUGGAUUGAUUUUGACCAACUUUCAGAAGAGGGCAUGAAUUUGAUCAAAGAAUACGCACGAGUGAAUAAACAGCAUAAUGAGGCAAAGGCAAUGUGCGACUCGACAGAAUCUUUAAUAUUUUCUCAAGAAAAAUUGGUAAAACAGCUAGGUGAUGAGCUUGAAGAUUUGAUGGAUAAAUCUCACAAAAGCAAGCAAGGUUCAAAGUAUGAGGAAGACGUCAAAAAAGCCAAUUCUUGGCUUGCAGAACAACAUUCCGUUCUUAUCCAGCUUGAAAAAAAGUGUAUGGAGUCUUAUUGGGACAAUUCUGGAAUUCGCUCGCAGCUCACUAAAAUCAAAAAUGAGCUCGUGAAGUCCCUGUUCGGAAAGCAUAUUAGUGCAGAAUCAGUCGAGGAUUACAUGCAACUUUUGGAAUCGGAUUUCAUGUUUAUGAAACUCGUCAAAGAAUUUGAAGCUCUCGUAUCUGGCCAACAACUAGAACCCGAGCAACCUAAGAAAUCUGAGCAACCUAAGAAACUCGAGCAACCUGAGCAACCCUCUACUAGUGGAAUCCAGAGUCCACAACAUCAUGAAAGUUCGCUCUCAUUAUCGAGUCAAACACCUACAGUUCAAUCUACUAAAGCAUCUUCCGGUAAACAUAAGGCCCCCAAACAUCCUUCUGGUGGACAAAGAUCUCACAAAUAUUCUCGUGUGCAGAAAACUCACAAAUCCUCCCAUCCAAAAGGAAGUGCUAAACAUAGAGAAGAGCUUAAAUCACUUUCAAAUCAAUCCGACUCUGAAGAUUCGGAUUGA